UGCUGCGUCUCCCCCCCAUCUGGUUGACACAGCAGGCCACGGGGCCACGCGCCGUUGACGAUUAGGAGAGCUGCGGUGACGAUUAGCGACGAACUGGGAGGGCACACAGUACACACGUGGAGCCUUCAGGGACUGGGCUGCUGAUCUGGAGAGCGCGACGGGGGGAGAGGAGUCGCGCGGCACUUCCGCGGGCGCACAAUUGGUGCGAGCCAGGCGUCCUCGGUUGCCGCGCCGCGUCAAGAGGGGUGGCGUUUGUGCCGCGUCUGCGUUCAACGAAUCAUUGUGGUGACGAAUCACGCAAUAAAUUUUCAGCGAGAAUAUAGGCUCGCACGACAGACAUCUCUCCUUGGCUUUGGUUCGCCUGAUAGGGUGGGCUAUUAGCUGGCUGAAAACGAUGCGCUUGGAGGGAGAAGGAGGCGCUGUGGCCCGCGGAACGAGGACGGCAGGAAAACGGCGGCGGCCCCGCGGGCCAAGCGUCUUGGGACGGGGGGGGGGGGUUGCCCCACGGCCGCGACCAGGCGAAGAGUGGUCGUCGCUGCAAACGGCAACCCGACGGAGGAGACACCCGCAGCAGCUGCAGCAGCAAAGACCACGGGCACGUGUCAUGUCGUCGUCUUCGUCGUCUCCGCCCAAGGCGUCCGUUCUUGCUACCGCUAGGAGCACGGCGUGCUUGCUGCUGGUGGCGGCGGGCAGGGGGGAGGCGGGGCUACUGCGGGUUGGGACGCCCCUGCCGUGGGGGCAGGCGAUGCCGCACCUGGGAUACGUGCGGGACCACGGGGUGAAGCAGUUCGUGUCUCGGUACCGGAAGGUGGAGGGGAUAGAGAACGACGAACUCAAGUGGGGAGACGAGCUGGAAUACGCCAUCCUUAAGGUGGACCACGCCAACAAGCGCGUGAGGAUCUCGACAAGGGCGGCCGACGUGGUCAAGGAGCUCCAAACCAGGGAGGACGAGCACGCGUACCGGUCCGAAGGGUGCCAGUGGAUGCCAGAGUACGGUUCCUGGAUGCUGGAGGGUACCCCCAAGGUGCCGCUGCGGGGCCUCACGACCCACCUCGCUCGCGUCGAGAGGAACAUGCGCCUCAGGAGGAAGAGGCUGCUGGCUACCCUGGCAGACGACGAGAUUUCUCCCACGAUGACGAACUUCCCCCUGUUCGGAGUGGGAGACUUCACCACCCCUCCGGCAGAGGUGGGGGGCCCGACGGCGCAGUCGAAGUUCGUCCCGGAUUCGGUGAUCAACCCGCACCCGAGGUUCGCGGCGCUCACCAAGAACAUCCGGGAGAGGCGAGGGAGGAAGGUGGAUAUCCAGAUUCCGCUGUACAAGGACGAGCGCACGCCGGAGUUUCUGGUCGAGCCCCCGCCAACCGAGGGGACGGAGCCCCCGCCACGACCGACCAUCCACAUGGAUGCCAUGGCGUUCGGGAUGGGCUGCUGCUGUCUGCAGGUCACCUUCCAGGCGAGAGACAUCGAGGAGUCGCGAUACAUGUUCGACCAGCUGGCAGUCGUGAGCCCCAUCAUGCUUGCCCUUAGCGCGGCCACCCCCAUCCACAGAGGCCGCCUCGCCGACACGGACGUGCGGUGGGACACCAUCUCAGCCUCCGUGGACGACCGCACGGAGGAUGAGAUGAGGCCCAAAGAAGAGCCUCUCUUGGGCGAGCUCGACGUCGGGGAGUUCCUGAAAGACGACGAGAAAGCUCCUCGCACGCAGCGGCAGCCGAAAAGCCGGUACGACUCCAUCAGCACCUUCAUAUACAACUGUCGGACGGGCACGGACAGGUGUCGGGUGGUGAACAAGUACAACGACAUUGACUGCCCGGUGGACGAGCCCUCCCGACAGGCGCUGCUCAAGAAGGGGAUAGACUCGGCUUUGUCGAAGCACAUCGCUCACCUGUUCUCUCGGGACCCACUGGUCAUCUUUGAAGGGAGAAUAGAAGAAGUGGACGACGACACGGAGGUGGACCAUUUCGAGAACCUUCAGUCGACGAACUGGCAGACGGUGAGGUGGAAGCCGCCCCCUCCCAGACUUAGCCCGAACGACCCCCACGUCGGCUGGAGAACAGAGUUCCGGAGCCUAGAGAUUCAGCUGACGGACUUCGAGAACGCCGCGUACACCGUGUUCAUCGUCCUUGUCACGAGGGUUAUUCUUGCUCUGGACCUAAACCUCUACAUUCCUCUCUCCAAGGUGGACGAGAAUAUGAGGCGUGCGCACGAGAGAGAUGCAGCGACGAAGGGCAAGUUCUUCUUCCGCAGCAACAUCGACUACGCGCAGUCCCCGGAGGGCGGGGAGGCGGGGGAGAUCUACAGCCCGUGCGACAACGACCCGCAGAGCGGGCUCGAAGAGAUGACCGUGCUCCAGAUCCUGGAGGGGAAGGGUGAUUACCCGGGGUUGAUCCCUCUCGUGCACGCCUACCUGGAGUAUAUCAACGCCGACAGCUCCACGAUCAAAAACGUUGACGCGUACCUGGACCACCUGCGGAAGAGGGCCGCCGGCGAAAUCAUGACCACGGCCGCCUGGCUGCGGAAGUUCGUGACAUCGCACCCGGGUUACGGGAAGGAUUCAGUUGUCACGGACGAGAUUGCCUACGAUCUCGUGCAGGCGUGCCAGGAGAUCGGACUGGGCAAGCGAGCCUGUCCGGAACUGUUGGGGGACAGGACCAUCCGAGAGGUUACCCGGGACGAGGCCUGGGAUGUCGUGCUGGACUCGAGCAAGAUGGAGGUUCAAUACCGCAACCGCCUCAUCAAGAAGUUCGUUAGAAGAGCGGCCGAGAAGCGAAAGGCACGAGAUGCCCAACAGCAAGGAGGCGUGGACGCCGCCCCUGCCGCUUCCACCUCCACCGUUAACGGCGCCCAUCCUGUAAAGGGGGAUGGCGGAGCAGAUGGCAACCUUGCCUCGCCGGCGACGUCGCCAGCCACUUCCGUGUCGGUUGGGAACGCCAACCGAUCGUAGGGACUGCCACUUGCUUUUUUUGGGGGGGGUAGAGUUGAAGCUUCCCCCGUCCCUCCUCUCGAGGACGCGUAUUCAGUGGCCUAACCGCUGAGGCAUGCAAAACAUGACCCCUCCCUUUUGAUUUUGGUGGUUUCGCUUUUGUUUUGGCCGCUUGCUGUUGCCCGCACGAAUGAAGGGGGGGUCUGUCACUUGAGCUACUUGUAGCUGCCUGUGGGCUUUGUUGACGUGCGCUGCCCCUUCCCGCGUCUGUCGGCAUGGCAUCCGCUGGCAUCGCCGGUAGCCAGAAGAUUUCUACGUCCGUCUUUGCCUUGUGUGUCUGUUUACGAUAUUCAACCAGGGGAUGACAAGAACACACCCUUCCGCCGCGGUGCGUGCCCCCAAUAAUCGUUGGUCGCAGCCAGGCAUCAAUGGUUGUUUGUAGAUGCAGCCUGCAGCGUGCACGAUAGGCUCUCGCUCCAACCGCUGGUGACGCCAUGACAUGCGGUCUGCAAUAUUGCGCUUGGGAAUCAGGUCGCCCACGUUGGUCGUGGGAGAGACAAGAACGAAAAUACUGACUGCCACAGGUAGAAAGGCCUUGCACCAUGCAGUAGCCUCCCUUGCACUGCGAAUGAUCCCAAGUUCUUUUCUCUGCUCCUCCUCUCGCGGA